AUGGUAGUGGGAGACUUCAACUGCAUCCUUGGCCCCUCUGAGAAACGAGGAGGCAGAGUCUAUUCUGAUUCAGUGGACAGGAGGGAGUUUCGAGAGUUUCUGGAUGCGUCUGGCUUAGUGGAUCUUGGGUUUGCCGGACCGCGAUUCACAUGGUGUAACAAUCAAACUGGACGACCGAGAGUAUGGGAGCGGCUUGACAGGGCCAUUGCCUCCCCGGACUGGAUUCAGCGGUUCUCCUCCUACCAGGUUAGCCAUCUUGCUCGGAUUGCAUCAGAUCACUGUCCUCUUUUGAUCUCUACAGCUUCAAGUUCUAGUUAUCAUAGUCCUUUUCGCUUUGAGAAAUUGUGGUUGUCUUAUCCCCAAUCUUGGAGAAUAGUUAGAGAGGCUUGGGGCUUACCAGUACAGGGAGAUGCCAUGCAGAGGGUGUCGCGGAGAUUGGAGCUCACCAAGCGCCGUCUUCGCAGAUGGAACAGGGAGGUAGUGGGUAACAUAUUCAGGAGACUAGAGGAGGUGGAGGGUAUGAUUGCAGAUCUUCAGGGGAGGGAGGACCGUGAGGGGGAGCUGGAGGAGGGUGAGAUGGCGGACUUGCGACGCUAUUUGGCGUCACAUCAUUCCUUGCUGCAUCAGCAGGAGACAAUUUGGCGGCAGAAGUCGAGGGUCCAGUGGGUCAAGGAGGGUGAUAGGAACACUAGCUUCUUCCAUCGAUCGGCGGUUAUUAGAAGGCAAAGGAAUAUGAUUCGGUCGUUGAGGGUGGGGGCGGGCCAGCGGGUGGUGGAGGACAGUGCAGUGAGACAGGCUCUGGUUGAGUUUUUCAGAUCCAGGUGGACGGAGGUAGAGGGGCCCUAUGUGAUGGAUCAGCUUCCCAGGCCGGCAGUCCGGGUUGAGGAGUCAGAAAAUGCAGCAUUAAUCCAGCCAGUGUUAGAUAGAGAAGUGCAGGAGGCAGUUUGGGCCCUGGGGGAGGACAAGGCACCAGGUCCGGAUGGAUAUCCGCCCUUCUUCUUUCGGAGGUAUUGA